AGCAGUUGGAUACGACAGUUGGAUCCUCCAGCCAACCUGACCCUAUGGAUGCGACGUUUCACCUGUCCACAGCAACGGAGAGCUCGGAUACUGAAGAUGAUGAAUACGAGAAGCAGCAGCAGCCUGGGCACUCAAAAUCUCGCAGUCGUCAAACAGUAAAUCCGGAGGAGCGGUUCUUCCUAGUCGCUGAGUCCAGCCUGCAAGAACUGUUGUGUGUCUGCCCCUUCUGCAUGAGUGAUGAAGCUCGUGUUGACACUACAACAAGGGGAACAUCUGUAAAGUCUACAACUGUUUGCAGCUGUGGCAAAGAGCGUACUUGGCACAGCCAACCAUGGGUGAAGGACAGGCCACUUGGCAACAUCCUGCUAUGUUCUGCCAUUCUGUUUUCCGGGGUCAACAUCAGAAAAGCAUUUCGAAUGCUUGAUAUGAUGAAGGUGGCCACCCUAACGAAGUCACAGUACUUCAGGACGCAGAAGCAGCACCUUUUCCCUGCUGUGAAUGACGUCUACAUGAGUAAGCAGGCUGAUAUCCUGGACCAGCUUCGUCCGGUGCCCCUGGUCCUUGCCGGAGACGGCAGGUGUGACUCACCUGGCCACACAGCACUCUAUGGUACAUACACUCUUCUGGAGACAGCUGUCAACCGCAUUAUCCACUUCGAAUUGGUGAAGUCAACCGAGGUCUCCAGCAGCAAUGCCAUGGAAGCGUACGGCCUUCAGAAAUGCCUAGCAUUCCUCGAGGUCCAAGACAUGGUUGUGGACAGUUUAGUCACUGACCGCCAUUCUGGGAUCAAGGCCAUGCUGAGGGAGUCCUGCCCACAUAUUAAACACCGAUUUGAUGUGUGGCACGUCGUGAAGGGUAUCAAGAAGAAGCUCAUAGCCCUGAGCCGCUCCACAAAGCACAAUGUUGUAAAACUGUGGAUUGAGAGCCUGACCAGGCAUGCCUAUUGGUGUCCGAAAACGAGUGGGGAUGAUGGGGAAUUGUGCAUCGCAAAGUGGGUGUCGGCACUUAACCAUAUUGUCGACAUCCAUGAGCAUGACGACCCCCUGUACCCAGUUUGCUACCAUGGUCCGCUUUCGGAACCACGACAGUGGCUCAAAGAAGAUACAGAGACCUACAGACGAGUGAGGGAUAUCCUGAUGGCACCUAUGCUCCUGAGGGACAUCCCAAUGCUCUCCUCGCACGGGCAAACUUACGGACUAGAGGCUUUCCACAGUGUCCUCAUCCAUUUCCUGCCAAAGUCCUAUUCAUUUUCGGACGAGGGGAUGGUCGCCAGGACACAGCUGGCUAUCCUCCACUACAAUGAAAAUGCGGACCGCGCGCAGUUGGAGAGGGAAGGUACGAAACAGUACCGCUUGAAGCCAUCCAAGCUCAAGAAAACGUGGGUACCCGUACCUCUAAAGGAAGAUGCUACGUAUGACUAUACAUCAAUCCUCACUGGCGAGGUGUUGUCUCGCGUAGAAAAACACCUAAAGGAGCCUGUUUCUGUGGAAAUUGGACCACCACGUGCAGCAACAUAUGGUGAAAGACCAGCUUUGGCACAAGCUGUGGAAAAGCACCAGGCCAGGUUCCAGAAGUGAGGGUUGUGACCACCUCACACGCUGACACUUCAGACCCCUCAGAAACCGUGACAAAGAAGAAGAAGAAC